UCUCUCUCUCUCUCUCUCUCUCUAUAUAUAUAUAUAUGACUCACAUUCCAAACGACAAUGUAGCCUUCAACAUUAUUAUGGCAAACCUUAGAAUUAGACCACCUUCGAAGGACAAAGACAUCAUUGGGAGGUUCAUGCCCAAUAAUGGUUGCUGCAAGAAGCACCCUAACCACCGCCAAUCUCCUGGUGUCUGUUCUCUUUGUUUGAGACACAAGCUUUCUCAACUAUCCUCAGCUUCUAUGCGUAAAACAACAUUGAUUUCUUCGUGCCGUUCGUCUUCCACCUCUUCUUCUUUGUCCUCCUAUUGCUCCUCUUCCUCCUCUUCUUGCGCCUCUCCUACGCUUCCCUUCCCUUUUCACAAAGAUUCUAAGAGUGGCUCCAAUUCUGUUUCCAUCUUUUUAUUGAGCGCAAAGCAUGGUGGAGUACUCAAAACUGGGUCAAUGAGCGUUCUUGCAACAAGGAGAAGAACAAAAGGUGGUGGUGGUGAUGGUGAUGGUGAUGAUCGUAAUAAGAAGAAAACUGGGUUUUGGUCCAAGUUGCUUCAUCCCAAAACCAAAAGCAAGAGAAUGGAUGAGAUCAAAGGCACUAAGCUGGUUCAUUCUAGGUCUCUAAUAGAAACUAGACAUAUAUAGCUAGUGAUCGAUGAUCAUUUUUUCAUCUCUAAUUAAUUAGUGAUUCUUUCUUUCAUUUGUUAAUCCCACCCUUUAAUUUUUUGGUGGAUUAUAUGUUGUUGAGUAUUAAUUAGUUCAUCUUUCCAAUUUCCUGUAAGCGAAAAAGGAAAGAAAAAUAGAGAUCUUGUAUUGCAUGAUAUGCUUUGUGUAUAUUUUUUUGUAUAUAAAUGAACGCUUUCUGGAUCAUUAA